AAAAUCCCACUUUUUGGAUCAAGCCAGUCUCAGAGCCUUAGGCCUUUUUGUUCUGGCCCUGUAGUCAAUCACUAAUCACCAGAAAGCAAUGCAGCAGCAGCAGGCCACCCUGCCACAUAGCCACCUGCAUGUCGUCGGAGGAAGCCACAUCAUAAGCUCUUCUAGCUCAAGCCACAAACGUGUCAGAGCCUUAGAUACCUAAAACAGUAGUAUAACUCUGGCCCCAUUCAACAAUAUUUAUCUACCUCCUUCAUGCAUCUUUAUUUGAAGUACCAAGCCCUGCUGAUUCAAACUUUGAUUCUAUGGAUAGGCUUAGGAGAUGUACUAUCUCGAUUAUUUUUUUGCUCUUCAUGAUGUCUGACAUUGCUCAUGCUCAACAGGGCCCCGUAGAGAAUGCACAGAGACCAAAUAUUUUUUCUAAGAUAUUUGGGAGCUUGUUUACAUUCUCAGCAAAUUCUCCAGCAACUACUAGUGCUAGUACUGGUACAAGUUUCUGGGAAAACGUCAAAACCCUGUUCAAUCAAGCUCAAGCCUCUAUCUUUCCUCCAAAUCUUGAUUUUAGAUGGAGUGAUGAGGCUGUGGGUCAUGGAGGUGGUACUGGAACUGGAGAGAAAAUGAAAGAAGGUGCUGCGAAGAGUGUGGAGAAGGGCAAAGCAACAGUGGAGAAUUCAGCAAGAACAGCUGCAAGAGUAGCAAGUGAAACUGUGCAAAAGAUAAAGGAGAAGGUCAAGAGAAGCCUGUCUGAUCACAAGACAGGGACAUAGACUCAUGAUGAGCUUUGAUCAAUCUACCUGGGCUCAUCGCGACUACUUUUCCUGCCUGUAUAUAUACAAAUCCUCUUUCAUUGCAUUUACAUACGAUGCAUCUACGUUUCAUUUUUAGAUAUUGCGUUGUGCUAUGGAUUCUAGUUUGUGAUCCAAUAUUGAUUGAUGAAUUUCAUUUCUUUCCAGUUAGCAGAA